AUGCCGACCCGGCAAGAAGUCUCCUACUUUGGAGCUGGCCCAGCGCCUCUCCCAACCCCCGUCGUCGAAGCUGGCGCCAAGGCCUUUGUCAACUACAACGACUCGGGUCUCGGACUCGGCGAGAUCUCGCACCGCUCCCCCGCCGCCAACAAGAUCCUCGACGAAGCCAAGGCGAACCUGACCACCCUUCUCGAUAUCCCGGACAACUAUGAAAUCCUCUUCAUGCAAGCCGGCGGCAGCGGAGAGUUCAGCGCCGUCGUACACAAUCUGGUUGCAGUCUGGGUCGAGCGCCGACGUCGUCGCGCCGAGGCGGACAUCUCCAAAACCAACGCCAGCGCUGACAAGGCGCAGAUCGAUGAAUUGAUUUUCCAGCGUCUGCAAAAGGAGGUCGAGGAGGAGUUGAAGCUGGAUUAUCUAGUGACGGGUUCGUGGUCGCUCAAGGCUUCGCAGGAAGCAGCCAGACUGGUCGGCGCGAAAUAUGUGAAUGUUGCGCUGGACGCGAAGAAGGCCAAUGGUGGGAAAUUCGGCACCAUCCCCGCCGAGGAGACCUGGUCGUUGACUCCGACCAAGAAGGAGGGCGGCAAGGGUUCGGCAUUUGUCUACUUCUGCGAUAAUGAGACGGUGGAUGGCGUGGAGUUCCAGAGUUUCCCCAAGUCUCUGGAGGCGCUGGGCCAGGAUGCUGAGGAUGAGCGGCUGGUGGUGGCAGACAUGAGCUCCAACUUCCUCAGCCGGAAAGUCGAUGUCCGCAAGUACGCGGUUAUCUUUGGUGGCGCACAGAAGAACAUCGGAGUGACAGGUAUCACCAUCGCGAUUGUCCGCAAGGAUCUACUCCCGCCUCAAACCGCAACGCCUCCAGCUGCGCUCCUGCAGCGGCUGAACAUCGGCGGUCUUCCGGGCCCAAUUGUGCUCGACUAUGCCACAAUCGCCAAGAACAAUUCGCUCUACAACACCCUGCCCAUCUUCAACCUCUGGAUUGCCGGCCAGGUCAUGGCCAAUCUCGUGACUGCAUUCGGGACCCAAAGAGUCAGCGGCCAGGAGGCGAUCGCCGACCACAAGGCAAAGCUCAUCUACGAUGUCAUGGAUAAGUAUCCGCAGGUGUACCAAGUGGUGCCAGACAAGAGCGUUCGCAGCCGCAUGAACGUUUGCUUCCGGGUCCACGGCGGUGACGAGGUCAAGGAGAAGGAGUUCCUCGCGGGCGCGGAGAAGCGAUUGCUCCAGGGUCUCAAGGGUCACCGCAGUGUUGGUGGUAUGCGCGCUAGCAACUACAACGCUGUGCCACUGGAGAACGCGCAGAAGCUGGUCAAGUACCUCGAGGACUUUGCGACGGGCCAGUAG